AUGUUUUUGUACAACUUGAGUCUGCAGAAGGCAUCUGGUAUUAUACAUGCUAUCAAUGGUAGCUUUUCCGGAACAAAGCAACAGGAAAUCGUGGUUGCCAAGGGCAAAAUUCUUGAGAUUAUGCGCGUUGAUGCAAGUUCGGGUAAACUAUACACUUUGCUUACAACGGAAGUGUUUGGGAUCAUCCGUUCGUUAAUGCCAUUUCGUUUGACAGGUGGUACAAAAGACUAUAUUGUAAUUGGGUCGGAUUCCGGCCGCAUUGUUGUACUGGAAUACAUUCCUUCUAAGAACAUAUUUGAGAAAGUGCAGCAAGAAACUUAUGGCAAAAGUGGUUGCCGUCGCAUAAUUCCUGGACAGUACCUUGCAAUUGACCCAAAGGGUCGAGCACUUAUGGUCGGAGCUGUCGAAAAGCAGAAGCUAGUCUAUGUGAUGAACCGUGAUUCUCAAGCCCGGCUCACAAUUUCAUCCCCACUUGAAGCCCACAAAUCGAAUACUCUUGUCUACCACAUGGUUGGUGUUGAUGUAGGAUUUGAGAAUCCCACAUUCGCUUGCAUUGAGAUGGAUUAUGAGGAGGCUGACCAAGAUGCCACUGGCGAGGCCGCAAGGUCUGCCCAUCAGCUACUCACCUAUUACGAAUUGGAUCUCGGUCUCAAUCACGUCGUACGCAAGUACUCUGAACCACUAGAGGAGCACGCUAACUUUUUGAUCACAGUACCAGGUGGAAAUGAGGUUCACUCUGGGAUUCUUAUUUGCUCCGAGAACUACAUCACUUACAAGAAUUUCGGUGAUGAGCCCGAUAUUCGUUGUCCUAUUCCUCAGCGUCGCAAUGAUCUGGACGAUCCAGACCGAGGACUUUUGUUUGUUUGCAGCGCUACACACAGGACCAAGAACCUCUUCUUUUUUCUCGCCCAAACUGAACAGGGCGAUGUUUUCAAAAUUAAUCUUGAAAAGGACAAAGAAACUGUCACUGAGAUUCGCUUAAAGUAUUUUGACACCGUGCCUGUAGCUUCGGCGAUGUGUGUGUUGAAAACGGGCUUUCUUUUUGUUGCCUCAGAGUUUGGGAAUCACCACCUAUAUCAAAUUGCUCAUCUGGGCGAUAAUGACGAUGAGCCUGAAUUCUCGUCGGCUAUGCCGUUGGAAGAAGGCGACACUUUUUACUUCUCGCCCCGCCCACUGAAGAAUUUGAUCGAGGUGGACACCAUUGAGAGCCUUUCCCCCAUCACAGGUCUUCAUAUCGCUGAUCUAGCCAAUGAGGACACUCCUCAAAUGGCUGUGCUUUGUGGUCGGGGUCCAAGGUCUACGUUUCGCCUUCUUCGUCACGGCUUAGAGGUUACGGAAAUGGCCAAAUCUGACCUACCCGGCAGUCCGAACGCAGUAUGGACGGUAAAACGCAAUUCGGAAGAGGAGUACGAUUCCUUCAUUAUUGUCUCUUUCGUCAAUGCAACUCUCGUUCUCUCCAUCGGUGAGACUGUUGAGGAAGUGACUGAUUCGGGUUUUCUGGGCACAACGCCGACUCUGACGUGCUCACAACUGGGCGAUGAUGCUCUCGUGCAGGUUUACCCUGAUGGUAUUCGACACAUUCGCGCAGACAAGCGCAUAAAUGUGUGGCGCACCCCCGGCAAGAAGACAAUCCAACGGUGUGCUGUGAACCGACGACAAGUGGUCAUUGCACUGACCGGUGGUGAGUUGGUAUAUUUUGAAAUGGAUGCCACUGGUCAGUUGAAUGAAUACACGGAACGAAAGGAGAUGCCUGCAGAUGUCAUCUGCAUGGCUCUCGGGCGCAUCCCGCCUAAUGAACAGCGCUCUCGCUUCCUGGCCGUUGGUCUGGCCGACAACACUGUCCGAAUCCUCUCACUCGAUCCUUCGGAUUGUCUAUCGCCUCUCACAAUGCAAGGUCUCCCGACAGCAGCUGAGUCUCUGUGCAUCGUUGAAAUGGGUGCUAAUGAGUCAGAAAAUACAGCUGGUGGUGGUAUUCUCUACCUCAACAUCGGUCUCAACAAUGGUGUCCUCUUCCGUGUGGUGUUGGAUCCAGUAACAGGGGAGCUCUCCGAUACUAGAACUCGAUACCUCGGUACAAGUCCUGUAAAACUAUUUCGCGUCGCCAUGCAGGGUGGUGAUGCGGUUUUGGCGGUGUCUAGUCGGUCCUGGCUUUCAUACAUGUACCAGAGCCGUUUCCAUAUCAUCCCACUCUCCUAUGAGGCUCUCGAAUUCGCCUCAGGUUUCUCCUCGGAACAAUGUCCUGAGGGAAUUGUAGCUAUUUGUGAGAACUCUCUCAGAAUUUUAGCCUUGGAAAAGCUGGGCGCAGUGUUUAAUCAGACUAGCACUCUCCUCCAAUACACACCACGAAGGUUUGUCUUCCACCCCGAAUCGAACAACACUUUUAUUAUUGAAACCGAUCAUAACGCCUUCACGGACGAAGUGAAGGAGGAGAGGCGCAGAGAGAUGAGUGAACGAAUUCUCGCCUCAUUGGGGGAUGUGCGUGAGAGGGAGAAGGCGGCAGGCUUCCUGUCUCGAUCAUUGCCUGAGGAUGUGUUUGGAGCUCCAAAGGCCGGUCCAGGCAUGUGGGCCAGUCUCCUGCGUUUGAUGAAUCCGCUCAGUGGGGAGACUCUUCAAAUCUGCAGAUUUGCUCAAAAUGAGGCCGCACAUGCCAUAACACUGGCUACAUUCACUAACCGACCCGGCGAUUACUACGUGAUCGUCGCCCUCUCCAAGGAGUUGGUGCUUAACCCUCGCAGCUGCUCAGGUGGAUUUUUGCGCACCUACCGCACAACACCCACGGGCGACUUCCUGGAAUUCGUCCACGACACUUCCGUGGAGGACUACCCCGCUGCCCUUUGUGCCUACCAGGGCCGUCUCCUCGCCGGCAUUGGACAUCGUCUGCGUCUCUACGACAUGGGCAAAAAAAAGCUUCUCAAGAAGGGCGAGAAUCGCCACUUCCCGAAUCUAAUAAACGGCAUUUACGGCAUCGGACACCGUAUUCUGGUGACGGACGUGCAGGAGAGUCUUUUCUGGGUGCGCUAUCGGCCACGGGCAGACAAUCAGAUGGUGAUAUUUGCGGAUGACGCCAGUCCGCGGUGGAUCACUCAGCUGGCUGUCUUGGACAACUCCACCGCCGCAGUGGCCGACAAGUUUGGCAAUAUCAUCAUCCUUCGUCUGCCACCUGAUGUCAAUGACAAUGUGGAGGAGGAUCCCAGUGGGAAUCGAUCACUGUGGGACAGGAACGCCCUUGGAGGUGCUAGCCAAAAACUCGAGAUGGUUUGCCACUUCUACGUGGGCGAGGUGGUGACAUCUCUUCAAAAGGCUACCCUGAUCCCGGGCGGUUCGGAGGGUCUGGUGUACGCCACGCUCUCGGGCAGUCUGGGCAUCCUCAUCCCCUUCGCUUCCAAGGACGCCUACUCCUUCUUCCAGCAUCUCGAACUUCACAUGCGCUCGGAGAAUAUCUCUCUCGUGGGUCGUGACCACCUUCACUAUCGCUCACUGUACUAUCCAUGCAAGAACGUAAUCGACGGGGACCUCUGCGAGAUGUUCAACACUCUGGAUGCGGAUAAACAGCGGAACAUCGCGGAGGAGAUGGACAAGGUCCCCACCGACAUUGCCAAACGUCUAGAGGAUAUGCGCACCCGCUGCGCCUUCUAA